AUGCAGCCACGCAGGUUUUGCUGCAGCAACAACAGGAAGCAGCAGCAGCAACAGCAGCAGCAGCAGCAGCAACAGCAGCAGCAGCAGCAGCAGCAGCAGCAGCAGCAACAGCAGCAACAGCAGCAGCAGCAACAGCACAGACAAAAACGAAAUGUAGCGAACCAGCAGCAGCAGCAGCAGCAGCAGAUCCAGCAGCAGCAGCACCAGCACCAGCAGCAGCAGCAACACCAGCAGCACCAGAACAAGAACCAGCAGCAGCAACAGCAGCAGCAUAAGCAACAGCAGCAGCAACAGCACCAGCAACAGCAGCAGCAGCAGCAGCAGCAGCAGCAGCAGCAGCAGCAACAGCAGCAGCAGCAGCAGCAGCAGCAGCAACAUACCGAUGGCUAA